AGGCUACCGGUGGUUUGCACAGCUGUCUCAGAUUGUUGGCUGCUAUGAAAGGACAGUGAUUGAAGAGAAAUGAAUGCAAGGAGAAGAGGUGGGAAGCCCAACAGAGGAGGGGGGAGAUUUAACAAGUCAAGAGGAGGUGGAGGUGGAGGCAGAGGCGGUGGAGGCGGUGGAGGCGGAGGCGGGAGUGGAGGUGGAAGUAGGAAAGGGGGAGCUGGUCUAUGGGAUGAUGGGGAUGAUUUCAGCCUUGAUUUUGGACCCUCUCGUUCCAGCAGACCUGGCAAAGGACGAGGCGGUGGCAGCCGUGCUGGUGGCAGGGAUGGAGGUAGAGGGAGAGGAGGGAGGGGAGGGAGAGGAGGUAGGGGAGAUAGGGAUCGAGAUGGCCAUCGAGAUAGCCAUGGCCGAAGUGAUUGGAAAAGCAGCAGUAAGGCUCUCCCAAGUUCUCUGGCGAGGAUCAGAACGUGCCCAAAGUCAGGGGAGGGAAUCAAGUCGGAGGUGAGCACCAUGCCCUUGCAGAGGAUCUUCAUGACUAAUGAGAACCAAGAACAACUGAAAGAGCUGCUGCGGGAUCUGCAGAGUGCAGAUUUUGAUGAGCCCUAUGAUGAAUCAGGUUCAGAUUAUUCGGGGGGAGAAGAGGAUGAGGAGGAAUAUGAUGAGUUGGAUCACCGUGAUGAAGGCCAGUUUUGGGCCACUAAUGAUGAGCCUGUGGAGAGAGCAGACAGCCCAUCAUAUGAGCCAGAGUCUGACGAUGAACGGCCAACCCCUGAGCCUGUCAUCUCCUUAUUUGCCAUAGGGAAACUCUGCAGGUUUGGGUUUGACAGGGAGCGCAGUAAGCUGGCACUGGAGUCUGGUGGCGGGGAAUUCGGGGCCACUUUGGAACAACUCCUCCACCAGGUUUUUAGUGAGCGCUACGGCCAGAAAGCAGUUUCCCCUGACGGCCUCGAGGGGGUGCCUAUGGAUGAGUGUUUGAGCCAGAGGCAGGAGGAAGCUCUGGCUCUAGCUGCCAUUUAUGGUGAGCGCUUCAGUGAACGCAUUGCUAAUGCAGUCUGGACUGUAACCCUGGAUCUCUCAUUCCUCUCAGACAAGAAUAGCAAGAAAGGUGGGGCAGUUGGCAGUCGAGGUGGAGGAGGAUCUGUUAAUAUCCGUGAUGUCUGCAGAUUCUACCUGAAAGGGCAAGGCUGCCGCUUUGGGGACAAGUGCAAGUUUAAACACCAACUUCCCACCAAAGGGAGGUCUGGGGCUGAUUCCCCAGACCUGAAGGGUCCAAGCCAGCCUGGAUUCAGCAGCUAUUCUCCUCCUGAGUAUGAACUAGAGGUCCGUUUCCCCAAAGGAAAUCGUUACCCAUUUCAGGCACCAAUAGUUGCCUUCAGCACCAACGACGAGUAUGUUGGAGCUGCAGUGAGGCUCACCUUGACUGAGCAAUUAUUUGGAGAGGCGCUUGUUGCAGCAAAGAGCAGCGAACCUGUUGUUUACACUCUGAUCACUUUGUGUGAGGAUGAAGCUACCAUGAAGGAACUGCUGGCUGUCAGUCAUCACAAAUACAGCACACCGCCAGCUGUUGUGGUGGCAACUCCACCCUCACUCGCCAUAGCAAAGAGUAAGAGUUUGAGGAGCAAUGCCGCAGAGGAAAGCAGGACUAGUAGUAAUAAUCACUCUAACAGCAGAAGGACUGCUCCACCCAACAACCAGAGACCCAUGGAUUUGAAAGAGACGGGAGAGGCAGAGGAGCUGGAUGAGAGGGAGGAAGAUGAUGAAGAUGAGGUUGUCCCAGUUGAGAGCGAGAGUUACGUUAAUCUGAGGAAGAAGAUGGUAAAUAAGCACAACCUGAAGAUAGACAACCUACUGCAAGAAAAUGGAAAGCUGUGCCGAGAGUUCCAGAGGAAAAAGUCAUCCAGGCGCUUCAGGUCCAUGCUGGAUCAGAGGAAGAACCUGCCGGCUUGGCAAGAAAAAGAGAACAUCUUAGACCUGUUAGACCAGUGUCAGGUGCUUGUGGUCAGCGGGAUGACAGGGUGUGGUAAGACCACCCAGAUCCCUCAGUUCAUUCUGGACGCCUCAUUAGGUGGUCCAGCGCAGCAGGUGGCCAACAUUAUCUGUACCCAACCACGCCGCAUUUCUGCCAUUUCUGUGGCUCAGAGAGUGGCACAGGAACGUGCAGAGUGUCUGGGUAACUCAGUUGGAUAUCAGAUCCGCCUGGAGUGUGUCAGGACGUCUGCCACCAGACUGCUGUACUGCACUACAGGUGUGUUACUGAGAAGACUUGAGAGUGAGGCAGACCUCAAAGGAGUCACACACGUGAUUGUGGAUGAGGUACACGAGCGCACAGAGGAGAGUGACUUCCUGCUGCUGGUGCUCAAAGACCUGAUUCUGCAGAGACCAGACCUGAAGAUUAUUCUCAUGAGUGCCACACUUAAUGCCAACCUCUUUUCUGAAUAUUUCUACAACUGUCCCUCUGUCCACAUACCAGGGCGUACUUUUCCUGUUGACCAGUUCUUUCUUGAAGAUGCCAUUGCUAAAACCGGCUAUGUCAUUGAGGAUGGCAGCCCUUACAUGCGCUCAGGGAAACAGAAUUCGUCUUCCACAGGUGGACGAACAAGCAAAGGAGAACCAAGGGACAUGGUUGACGACUUGGGUGAUGACAUGUGGAACUUCAUGUCUUUCUGUAAGAAGGACUUUGUCAAAGACUCAAUCCCAGACCAGCAGCUCAGCCUGCAGGAUCUAACGGUCAGAUACAAAGAUACUAAGAAGUCUGUGCUGAAGGCCAUAGCUGCAAUGGACCUGGACAAGAUCAACAUGGACUUGGUGGAGAGCAUUUUGGAGUGGAUUGUAGAUGGAAAACACAACUACCCUCCAGGUGCAGUGCUUGUGUUUUUGCCAGGCCUGGCUGAGAUCAAGAUGCUCUAUGAACAGCUCCAGUCCAACAGAAUGUUCAACAACAGAGGCGCAACCAGGUGUGUGGUGUACCCACUUCAUUCAACCUUGUCCAAUGAGGAGCAACAGGCAGUUUUCAGUCGGCCCCCAGAGGGUGUCACGAAGAUUAUCAUCUCCACCAACAUCGCAGAGACCUCUGUAACCAUUGAUGACGUGGUAUAUGUCAUUGACUCUGGCAAGAUGAAAGAGAAAAGAUAUGAUGCAUCUAAAAGCAUGGAGAGCCUGGAGGACUCAUGGGUUUCUCGGGCCAAUGCACUGCAGAGGAAGGGUCGAGCAGGUCGUGUGGCCUCGGGUGUCUGCUUCCACCUCUUCACCAGCCACUGCUUCCAACACCAGCUGGCUGAGCAACAGCUGCCUGAGAUCCAGAGAGUUCCCCUGGAGCAGCUCUGCCUCCGAAUCAAGGUACUGGACGUGUUUGCCGAGCAGACUUUGGAGUCUGUCUACUCUCGGCUCAUUGAACCUCCGGCUAUGGGAAGCUUGGACGCAGCCAAGCAGCGCCUGCAGGACCUGGGAGCUCUGACUGCAGAUGAGAGGUUGACCCCGCUGGGAUACCACCUGGCUUGCCUGCCCGUUGACGUGCGCAUUGGGAAACUCAUGCUGUUUGGUGCCAUCUUUCGCUGCCUCGACCCAGCACUCACCAUCGCUGCCAGUCUGGCCUUCAAAUCACCAUUUGUGUCUCCAUGGGAUAAGCGAGAUGAAGCCAAUGAGAAGAAACUGGCCUUUGCCGUGGCCAAUAGCGACCAUCUCGCUUUGUUACAGGCAUACAAGGGAUGGUGCUGCGCUGCAAAGACGAGUAACCGGGCCGGCUUCCUUUACUGCAGGGAGAACUUUCUGUCUUGGCGAGGUUUACAGGAGAUCGCCAGUCUGAAGAGGCAGUUUGCUGAGCUGCUGUCUGACAUUGGCUUCAUCAAGGAGGGACUGAGGGCCAGGAUUAUAGAGCGCAUGUGCUCUAAUGGCACUGAUGGAGUUCUAGAGGCUACUGGCCCUGAGGCUAACCUGAACUCAGAAAACAUUCGGCUGAUGUCCGCCAUGCUAUGUGCUGCCCUCUAUCCCAACGUGGUGCAGGUACGAGCUCCUCAGGGGAAUUACAAGAUGACCAGCAAAGGAGCAAUGAAGAUGCAACCUAAAGCCAACGAGCUUCGCUUCAUGACCAAGAACGACGGCUGUGUUCACGUGCACCCCUCAUCUGUCAACUACAAUGUUCGUCACUACAACAGCCCCUACCUGGUUUACCACGAGAAGGUGAAAACGAGCCGUGUCUUCAUCAGGGACUGCAGCAUGGUGUCUGUUUACCCGCUAGUGCUGUUUGGAGGUGGUCAGGUCAAUGUGGAGCUGCACAAGGGAGAGUUUGUCAUCUCCCUGGAUGAUGGAUGGAUCCGAUUUGCUGCCGCCUCUCAUCAGGUGGCUGAGCUGGUGAAGGAGCUGCGCUGGGAGCUAGACCAGCUGCUAGAGGACAAAAUUAGGAACCCGAGCAUGGACCUGUGCAGCUGCCCCCGCGGAUCCCGCAUCAUCCACAUGAUCGUCCACCUCAUCUCUACACAGUAGCUCUGCUCCCUAACAAACCUUUUUUGUCCCUUUUUAUCACCUUCAAGGGCUUAAAUGCAUGGAGCUCUGCAGUAUAAAUGUCUUUGUACUCCUGCAGCACUGCUACAUACUUAAUUUUAAUAUCUUAAAUCAUUACUUAAGAAAAACAGGCUGAACAACCCUGAAACUGGUUAAAAUUUCUAUUGUAUUUUUUAGAGACAGAUCAGCUGGGCAGAUAUUGUACUUGAAUUGAGGUCCUCUGGUGGAGGGACAGUCACCACACCACCCUGCUGCCACCUGGCACUUUACCACAAGUAUCAGUUUACACAAAGCUAUUAUUGUGUUGCUGCACCAGAGGCUUUUUAAAGCAAAUUAUACCUUGAAAAUAAAAAAAAUGGCUCUAUGCAGGUUAAUCCACAAACCUCCAGCAUUGUUACUACUGGAAUUAAGCGCUUGUCUUAUUUUGAUACCUAGGAAUCACAACUGUAGAAAAGCUUUUUUCUUUGAUGCCAUACUACUACUGUAUGUGCAGUAAAUUGGCACAUUGAUUGUGAAUUUGAUGUCAGAUACAAUUUGUAUACAUUGCAUUUUUAUUUUAGGUUGUGUGUACAGUAUCUUGCUCACAACUGAGAAUUUUCUUGGGUCCAUAUUGGAUGUCUUUACUCACAGUACCUGCUUACUUGUUAUGGUUGUGGAUAUUUAUUUGUAAUGCAUGGUUGACAGUUCCAAGAGCUUGUGCAUGGUAUUUAGUUCUUUUACAUUAACUGAAUGUAUUUAAAUGUUACAGUGAUGUCAAAACCACACUUUCACAAUGUGAAUUCAAGGGCUUUUUAAAUCAGGAGAAGGUGGUGGAUGUGGAGUCACCAAAGAACCUGAAAGCUUAUUGUCUUAACAAGUGAGGAACUGCACACUGCACUAAAAAUAAAAAAGAAAUUAUA